AUGACAGUCAUCAAGCUUCCAACAAUAUCAUCGCUGCCGCUAGGCGCUUUAGAAUCUCUUACAGAAACCUCACGGGCCGUUGUACAGAGACUGCACACUUACACCCCAGAACCAUGGCCGUCAGACUAUGCAUCCUCAAAGCACGCAUCUGUGCUGGUUCUACUAUACGAAAGAGAUGGUAUCAUCCGUGUAUUGCUGACUACGCGAUCAAAGGCACUGAGGACACACGCUGGCCAGACGGCCUUACCGGGGGGCAAGGUCGAUGACACUGAUACAGAUGUCGUACACACCGCUCUCCGGGAAGCGCAUGAGGAGGUCGGGCUACCGCUUGACUGCCCGGACUUGCAUCUGCUCUGCUACUUGGAACCGUUUGUCUCGCUGCACAAGAUCCUUGUUACCCCCGUGGUCGCCGUCCUACUUGACCUGACUGUCUUGGAUAAAUUAAAGGCAUCAGAGCAUGAAGUCUCGCGGAUAUUCAGCCAUCCCCUGCAAGCCUUCUUGGAGCCUACUCUUGCUGCAUCUGAGAAGCUGGUAGAGAAGGGGACCGAGGACUGGAUAUACGAGACGGAGCUCCAUGAUACCUCGGAUGUGAAGGUUCAGAUGUUGAACGGCGCCAUGUAUCGAAUGCACCGCUUCCGUUCCACUGGGUCGCCGAUCAAAGGUCUCACUUCCGAUAUCAUGAUUAAAGUUGCUCAGAUUGGAUACAACAUGGCCACAAGUUACGAACGCUAUGCGCCGACUCAACUACUCGGGUAUGAUGCCAUAUCUGUAGUAGUAGCUUCUACGUCAGCAGGAGGGCAGCUGCAAUAG